AUGGAAGAAUGGGAGAACGUCAUGAAUUGUGAAGAUGAAUCUAUGUUUGGGGACUGUGUGAAUCACUUUGAAUACACCUGUCGUUCAUGUCCUUUAUUAUUUGAAUAUGUGAAUAAUACUUGGAUUAUUCCAUACAAUACUUACUUUGUGAAGGCAUGGACAAACAAAGUUAUGCAUUUAGGGAAUACAACAACGAACAGGGUUGAGUUUGCUCAUUGGAACUUAAAGAAAGUAUUGGGAAACAGUAUGGGAGAUCUUUGUUCUUGUUGGGAUGCCAUUCAUAAUGUAAUUGUGUUGCAACAUAAUAAGAUCAAAGCGUCGUUCGAAAUUAGUCUGAAUCUUAUGAGUGAAGCUUAUAUAGGCAUAAAAUACAAAAAACUUGUUGGACGAGUAUCCAUAUAUGCUUUAGGACUAAUAGCUAAAGAAUUAGAACGAGUGAAUCUUGUAGGUCUCGAUACGGGAAGAUGUGGAUGCAUACUUAGACGGACGUACGGUGUCCCUUGUGCCUGUGAAUUAGCACGUUAUGGCCCUGGUAUGAUUCCUUUGCGUGAAUUUCAUGUGAUGUGGACAAGAUUGUCUAUUUCAGAUAUUGUAUCGAAUGAAUCACAGCCAGAGUUAUCCAUACAACAUGAGCUGACUAUGGUUGAAGAAAAAUUUAAGGAGGUUGAGAUUGGAGGUAAAGUGACAAUUAAACAAAAGUUACUUGACAUUGUUUGUCCUGCAAUGACAUCUAUGAUACCUCCAUUGCAUAAAGUUAAGACGAAGGGUGCACAAAAGAAAAAACUCCAAAGAACAGAGAGGUCUACAAAGCGUGAUCCCUCAUAUUUUGAGCAUGUAGACACAUUUCAGUCAACAAUUGAAUCUUCGUCAGCAAAAAACAAAUUGCAACUAAAGGAUAAACCUAGACAACGAAGGAGAGUACCUAUGAUAAAUCAAUUUCAUCCUAUUUGUCAACCAUACAUUCUCAAUAUUGUUGAUGUCGUUGCUGAUGGUCACUGUGGUUAUAGAUGCAUUGCUUCGUCAUUAGGGCUAGGGGAAGAUUCUUGGCCCACUAUACGAAAUGAUCUUUAUAAAGAACUGAGUCAGUGGCGUGAUGAAUAUGCGACACUAGUGGGAGGCUAUGAUAGAUUAGAACAACUGAGGAGGUCUUUGAUGGUGGACCCACAGUCAGCGGCUAAUGCAACCAAGUGGAUGACUAUACUAGACAUUGGGUAUGCAAUUGUUAAUCGCUAUAACAUCAUCCUAGUUUGUCUUUCACAUACUCAGAACUAUACGAUAUUCCCACUACGUACCAGACCGCCUUCUGAUGUUCAACUACAAGAUGGUUGUCCUUUGCCUAUGACAGAUGUGAUAUGCUCAACUAAUUGUUAUCCAGAGGCGCGAAUGUGGUCAUAUUCGUAUACAAAUAGGAUGCAAGCAUUUUCAGAAUUGAUGGGUGUUACUACCUCCUAUGUUGACAUAACGGAUUCAUGA